CUGAUAUGGAAGAUGGCGGAUUUCUUUUUAGUAAGGGUUCAGAAGGUCCAUAUUGGGGAGGAGCAGAAUGGGUGGCCACUGUGCUAGUAAAAGGUGGCGCCAUGAGGUUAUGUCUUUUCUCUCACAGGCGUGCACCUCUUUAGUAUCAGCGAGGGCUGCAGAGAGCUGGCUGUGCGCAGGAGCGGGAGGUGAGCCCUAGGGAAAGGUUCUUGCUCAAGGCUGAUUGAGGGCUCAGGAACAAGUGUUGCACCUCUCUCCUGGGGAGGCGGAGUCGUGGUUGCCGUGGGCUAGAGCAGAGACCAGGUGAAGCAAUGAGGCGGCGGGUGGGGGAAUAUCUUUUUUUUUCCUGGUUGAACUGGAAUAUAACCCUGGAGGCGUGAGAGACCUGCCUUGCCUCCUCCAAGGAAGUCUGGACAUCCUACCUGGAGUUGAAACGCGGAUGCUGUAUCUAGUGAAGAAGUCCGGGGCGGGGGCUGGAAGGGAAGACUUCAGCCUCGAAAGUGCCAGUUGUCCCUGUUAAAACGAGCUAGGUGCGACUUUUGGGUAGAAGAUAAAUGUAUCAAAUUUUGAAACUGUCCAUCUCCCUCACAGAGGGACUCUGGGAGGUAUACAAAUAAAAUAUUAAAACGUAAAAAACUGUUUAAAAGUUUUAAAAAGAGAUAAGGAUGAUUGAAAAUCAAUGUUAAACGUUGAUUAAAAGGCAGGGGAGGGCUUUCAGGGGACUAACAAAAUGUAAGUAAUAUAUAGAAGCCAUGCAUUUUUGCUUCUCGGUUCCAAAUCAUUCUGAGAUCAAGUAAUAGCACCAGAUUUCCCCUGUGUAUACUUUGCCAGAGUGGACAAUCCUUUGAUAAAAAGAGAUAGGUCACGUUGUUCGGUCAGGUGUUUCCUCCCACUGUGGAAGUGAGUGGGGGCCAGGCAGACAACUUCCUGACGUUCCCUUCCUCUGAAUGCUGUGAACUCAGGGCUUCAUUGUUUCUGCUGCUGCUGCUAAUACUGGAUUGAGGCUCAUUUCCCUUGCUCUGGUAGACAUGGCAGAGGGAAAUCUUUAAGUCAGCAAACCUACUUACCGAGCUCUUAAUUGAUGAUCUACAACUGAACAUCUUGAUACUGUUCCAUUGACCUGCGUAAAGAGGAAAUGGAGUCAAAAGUUGGCAAUUGUACAUCUGGCUUUCAACGAAGUUCAACAUCAGAUGAUGAUUCUGGAUGUGCCUUAGAAGAAUAUGUCUGGGUUCCUCCAGGUCUUAGACCAGAACAGGUUCAGCUUUACUUUGCUUACCUGUCAGAAGAGAAGGUCCCAUAUGUUAACAGUCCUGGAGAAAAAUAUCGAAUUAAGCAGCUUUUCUAUCAGCUACCACCCCAUGACAAUGAGGUGCGAUACUGCCAGUAUUUAAACGAAGAAGAGAAGAAAGAACUUCAACUAUUUAGUGCACAACGUAAAAAAGAAGCACUAGGGCGAGGCUCAGUCAAAUUACUCCCUAGAGCAAUAAUGCAUGCACUUUGUGAACAGUGUGGUACAAAAAUAAAUGGAGGUGAAAUUGCAGUAUUUGCUUCAAGAGCUGGGCCUGCAGCGCUCUGGCACCCAUCCUGUUUUGUAUGUUAUACAUGCAAUCAACUUCUUGUUGAUCUAAUCUAUUUCUUCCAAGUUGGAAACAUUCAUUGUGGUAGACACCAUGCUGAACUGCUCAAGCCACGUUGUUCAGCAUGUGAUGAGAUCAUUUUUGCUGAUGAAUGUACAGAAGCAGAAGGUCGUCACUGGCACAUGAAACACUUCUGUUGCCUUGAGUGUGAAACCAUUCUUGGAGGACAGAGAUAUAUUAUGAAGGAUGGACACCCAUUGUGCUGUGGCUGCUUUGAAUCUCUUUAUGCAGAAUAUUGUGAGACUUGUGGGGAACAUAUAGGGCUUGAUCACGCUCAAAUGACUUAUGAUGGACAACACUGGCAUGCUACAGAAACUUGCUUUUCUUGUGCUCAUUGCAAAGUUUCACUACUUGGUUGCCCUUUUCUUCCCAAGCAAGGACAGAUUUUUUGUUCUAAAUCAUGCAGUCUAGGAGAAGAUGUUCAUGCUUCAGAUUCUUCUGAUUCUGCUUUCCAGUCUGCUCGCUCAAGAGACUCCAGAAGGAGCGUUUGUAUGGGAAAAAGCAGUCAAACAGCAGAUCAGUGCAGGCAAUCUCUCCUGUUGUCUCCAGCAAUGAAUUACAAAUUCCCUGGUCUUUCAAGCACAGCAGAUAAUACACUUUCAUGGAAACUGGAUAACUUAAGUCUUUCUAGGCAAGAAAUAAACUUUGUUGACAAAGAACUCCAGAAAGUGAGGGAAGAUAAAAUGCCUGAUGAUCCAGAAGAAUGGGCUGAGCAUGAAGAUUAUAUGACUCAACUGCUUCUCAAAUUUGGUGAUAAAAAUCUAUUUCAGCAGCCAGCGGAAGCCAAUGUUAGAUCAAAUGAUCAGUGGAUUUGUGAAAAUGUGGCUAAAGGAAGAUUAGAAUUGAAGAAAAAUAAUCAAAGCUUAGCAAGUAAGAAAUUCCAGGCAAAUAUGUAUUGGGCACAAUGCCAAGAUGGCCUGGGUGAUUCUGCCUAUGGUAGCCACCCAGGACCUGCUAGUAGCAGGAAAAUCCAAGAAUUAGACAUCGAACAUGACACAAGAUACAAACAUGACCAAAAACAAUGGUAUAAUGAUUCACUGGAAUGUUUGUCAAACUUAAAACAAGAGCAGUGUGUUCGAGACUCAAUGGAUUCCCUUGUUUUUUCUAACAUCACAGAUGUUUCAAUUAAUGAAAUCAAACCAAGACCUUCUCUGUACUCAUUUGAAACCUAUCAGGAGCUAGAGGCAGAGGAUUGUGAGAAAAUGAGCAACAUGGGAACUCUGAAUUCAUCAAUGCUUCAUAGAAGUAUUGAGUCUUUGAGAAGUAUAAGUUCUGAAUUAUGUCAGGCUGAAACACUGCUAGAAGAAAAAUCAAUGCAGGUGCCAGUACUAAGAAGAUCCAAAUCGCAGAUUAGACCUCAGCAAGUAAAAUUUUCAGAUGUCAUUGAUAAUGGAAACUAUCACAAUCUUGAUAUUCACCAAUCUCCUAUGAGUGAAAAGACUUGCAGACAUGUUUAUCAGUUUGAAGACCAUGGAAAGAAACAUCAAAGGAACAGAAAGUCUCGAUCUGACAAUACACUUCAUCUGGUUUCAGAAAGAAAACCUUUUCCAAAACAAAGGCUUAAUUUUUAUUCCCCUCAGGAUUAUAAUGCAUUUAUUCAGAAUAAAAAUCCUCAGGCAGUUUGGGCAUAUACCCCAACUUUUUUCGGCCAAUAUAAUCAUCUUGCGCCUGAUUAUGCAAUGGGGAAACCAAGAGAUCGUUUUUUUGAAUUUUUGGGUGAGGACGAAGAUUCUUGGUGUUCAUCUUCAUCAUCUUCAGAUUCUGAAGAGGAAGGAUAUUUUUUAGGACAACCCAUUCCACAGCCAAGAUCUGUGAGAUAUCCCUGCUAUGCAGAUUUUGUUUCUAGUCCAAGUGCUGAACUUCCCACUACCCAACUUAGACAAAUAACAUCUAAAAAAAGGAAAGCGCACAAAGGCAAAAACUGUAUAAUUUCCUAAAAUGUACUGCCUAUAAACUUCGUGUCUACACUGUGUUUCAAAUCUUGUAUAACUAAAUAAUGUCAGCAAAACCUGUAACAUGGAUAAAUUUUGUCCAUGUUCUUCAUCAAGGCUUGAAAGCAGUUUAAGACACUACAUCAAAAAAUAAAAAAAUAAACCUUUGACACUGAUUACCUUCUUUAGAACUAUUCUGGUUUGCAUACAACUUGAGAUUUAGGAAAAUAAACAUUAGAAAUUUUCCCUCUGAUUAUAUGAAAAGAGUAUAUGAAUGCCAGGCUCAGGAUACAGUCUUCCUUGUUUAUGGUCAUAAUACUAAAUCAGAGAUGAGUCUGUACUUUGGAUUUUAUGGGAUUUUUGUUCUCAUCACCUCUGUUAACAUGAUCAGUAGGGAUGAUGGAAACUGGGUAGCUUUUCACAUAGAGAUGAACAGUAUGAAGAAUUAAUAUUUUAGAUAAAUCCUGGCCUAAUUUCAAAAGUUUCUGUUUUGAAGGGAGAAAUGCAAUAUUUUAUAAAAGGAAUACAUUUUCCAAAGGAACAAUUCAAGCUUCUGGCAAAAACAAGCUAUCCAAUCUAAUUUGUCUUUUCAAAAAGAAAAAAAAGAAAAAUGGUGGUCCUAUUCAUGGCAUGAAGCUUCAGAGAGAUUACCCUCUGAGGAAAUAUGACCAUUGACAGUAAUGAUUGCUCACUUAAUGUUAUGUGCAAAUAAUUUGAUUUUUGCAGUUUGUUUUCCCUAUAUGUAUGUUUAAUGUAAACCAACCAUUUUGAUGCCAAGCAAUAAUUACCUGGUUCUGUGCCAGACAUUAAACUCCUUCUUAUUAAAUUGACCAUUCUUUUAUAUCUUCAUGGGAGUGAAUCUCAGGCAAAUUUUGCUUAUAAUCUACAGCUUGUAAAAACUAAUGUGAUGUGAGCUAAUAAUCCCUGUUUUCAAAAUAAGAUGUCACUGAAUUUGCUUAAAUUAAAAUUUAUGAAAAUAUGUGAGACUCCCAUAUAUUUGGAACAGUAUUUCAAGUUUCAAAUGUAAUACGAGCAGCAAUUAAGAGUUAUCAGAGAUUUAUUAUGUAGUAUUUUACAGUUUCCUCUAUUCAUAACUUAACAGUGCAAUUAAUGUACUGUAUUUUCCAGCGUAUAAGACGACUGGGCGUAUAAGACGACCCCCAACUUUUCCAGUUAAAAUAUAGAGUUUGGGCUAUACUCACCGUAUAAGACUACCCCUCU